AACCAUAUUUGCAGUCUCGUACAGCUAAGUGUGAGGAGAUUGAGGUUGAGACUUGAGAUAGAUAUGUUUUGAAUUUUGAUUUGCUGAUAAUGCAUCCAUCCAACUUGGAACAUCUGAAACUGAAACCAACAACACUCCAGCAUGUUCAGUCAGAGACAUGCCUGCACAUACACAUACACAUACACAUACACACAGCUAUUUAUCUUGUGAACACUGAUUGCCUAUCAAGAUCUCACAAUCACAAUUGCUCCAAAGUUUUCAAUCUGAGUACAAGUUAUUGUUGGGUUUUGGAUUUCUCUAACCAAAUCAAAAAAUGUUGCCAGUUGUGAUUGUUGCAGUUGCUGCUACACUUGGGAAUCUCCUGGUCGGAUGGGAUAGUUCAACAAUUGCUGGGGGUAUGACCUACAUGAAGGUGGAAUUCAACUUGGAGACAAAUCCCACACUUGAAGGGUUAAUCGUGGCCAUGUCAUUCAUAACCGGAACCGUUGUUACAAUCUUCUCUGGGACAGUAUCUGAUUUGGUUGGAAGGCGCCCUAUGCUGAUAACAUCUUCUCUCAUGUUUUUCGUUAGCGGAUUGAUAAUGUUGUGGGCUCCUAAUGUUAGUGUUGUUCUCUUGUCGAGGAUACUUAACGGGGUUGCUGCUGCUCUUGCCGUCACUUUUAAUCCUCUCUAUAUAUCCGAGAUCGCGCCGGCGGAUAUCAGAGGCCAAUUGAACACUAUUACACAGUUUGCUUGCUCUGGUGGAAUGUUCUUGUCUUAUAUCUGGGUGUUCUCAAUGUCCUUGAUGCAAUCGCCAAAUUGGAGAGUCAUGCUCAGUGUUAUUUCUAUUCCUUCUAUUGUAUAUUUUGCUCUGGCCGUGUUUUAUCUGCCUGAAUCUCCAAGGUGGCUUGUGAGCAAAGGGCGAAUCCGUGAGGCUGAAAAAGUUUUGCAAAGGCUUCGCAAUGCUGAAGACGUUUCUGGGGAGUUGGCUUUGUUGGCGGAGGGUCUCAGCCCUGGGGGUGAAGACAUUUCCAUAGAAGAGUAUGUAGUUGCUCCGGCCAGUGAUUUCCUUGUGAACCAGGAAGCAGGGAAAGAUUACAUAAAGUUAUAUGGACCCAAUGAGGGUGUUGCAAUGGUUGCUCAACCAGUUACUGGACAGGGUAGCAUGAUGUCCCGCAGCAUGUUGUCCCGCAGCAUGUUGUCUCAGCAAGGAAGCUUUACAUCUCAGGCUGCAGCUGGUUUUAAGGAUCCUAUUGUCAAUCUCUUUGGAAGUUUGCAUGAGAGUAAUCUUGCUGAGAAUGAAGGUUCACGCAGCAUGCUAGUUACUCAUGCCAACAGUAUCUUUAGUGUGGGGGAUCCAGAGUCCAGCCCCUUUGACACCAGUGACAACCUGCGUGCUCCGCUAAUGUCAUUUCAAGGCGGUGCUGGGGAGAAGGAUAGGGCUUAUGGAUCCAAGGACAUGUUAGGUAUGGGGAGCAAUAGCUAUCUCAGAAGUAAUAGCAGUUUGGUCCAUGGAAAUGCUGGCGAAACACCUAGAAGUACAAACAUUGGCGGAGGCUGGCAAUUGGUUUAUAAAUCAGCCGACGGUGGUGCUGGGGGUGGGAAAAGAGAAGGGCUCCAAAGGGUUUAUUUGCAUGCAGAUCCUGCCGCAGUGUCUCACUCUCAACAUGCUUCAUUUGUUUCAACUUCUGGUUAUGACAUGGCGAUAGAUGGUGGUGAAGUUUAUCAGGCUUCUGCUUUAGUCAGCCGGUCGGUUCUAGGUACUAACGAUAUAUUGAAGAUGCCUGAAGUUUCUGCAAAAGGUCCAAGUUGGAAAGGUCUGCUAGAACCAGGAGUCAAGCGUGCAUUAGUGGUUGGGAUAGGACUUCAAAUUCUUCAACAGGCUGCUGGCAUAAAUGGGUUUCUAUACUAUGCUCCCCAGAUUCUCCAGGAGGCGGGAGUAGGGUCUCUUCUGUCAAAUUUGGGCAUUAGUUCAACAUCUGCUUCUUUUCUUGUAAAUAUCAUCACAACAUUCUGUAUGCUUCCUUGUAUAGCUAUUUCUAUAAAGCUCAUGGAUAUUGCUGGCAGGAGGUCAAUCAUGCUGUAUACAACACCCAUUUUGAUUGUUUGUCUCCUGAUACUAGUGCUCCGCGAGUUCUUUUACCUCAGUUCGGUCCUCGAUGCCGCAAUAACCGCUGUUUGUGUUAUCGUCUAUGAAAGCGUCUUCUGCAUGGGCAUAGGUAUUAUUCCCAACAUCAUAUGUGCCGAGAUCUUCCCAACCAAUGUUCGCGGAAUCUGCAUUUCUCUGACUUCCCUCACAUAUUGGGUUUGCACCUUGAUAGUCACUUUGGCAUUUCCCUAUCUGCUCCAGCUCAUAGGCCUCACUGGUGUCUUUUCACUAUUUGUUGGUGGCUGCAUUAUUACAUUGAUAUUUGUCUACUUGAAAGUGCCUGAAACAAAGGGCAUGCCUUUGGAAGUCAUCAUCGAGUUUUUUGCUAUUGGUGCAAAGCCUGGUACUGAUCCUGCCACAAUAGGAAUCAAAGUUUGACAUCAUAGAGAUAUGAUGAUCAUCUUCAUAAGAAGCAGCAUUAAUCAUUGAUGAAUUUAGAAGUAUGGUUGGUUUUGAUUCACCUGAAAGUGAGUUAAGAAGAUUUUGUGGUUGAUUGAAGCUAUUUGGUGUUUGAACAUAAAUAUCUAGUAGUUGUUUAUUAGUUUAAUUUACAUGCUAUGAUUAAUGAUUAGAGAGAGUAGUGGUCCUUUUAUA